AUGGCCACACCGGCAGUACCGGCGAGCGCGCCUCCCGCCGCCCCAUCCGAAGCCCCAGCUGCGGCCUCAUCUCCGGCCUCGGCCCCGGCCCCGGCCCCAGCUUCAGCCUCGGCCCCGGCUCCAGUGCCGGCUCCGGCCCCGGCUCCAGCGCCAUCGCCGGCUCCCGCGUCAUCCUCAGACCCGGCAGCGGCUGCCACUGCGGCUCCGGGCCAGACCCCAGCCUCAGCGCCAGCCCCAGCACAGACCCCCGCACAGUCUCUGUCAGGCACUGCUCUCCCAGGCCCUUUCCCUGGCGGCCGCGUGGUCCGGCUGCACCCGGUCAUUUUGGCCUCCAUCGUGGACAGCUACGAGCGACGCAACGAGGGAGCUGCCAGAGUAAUCGGGACCCUGCUGGGAACCGUUGACAAGCACUCAGUGGAAGUCACCAAUUGCUUCUCAGUGCCACACAACGAGUCAGAAGAUGAGGUGGCUGUUGACAUGGAAUUUGCUAAGAACAUGUAUGAGUUGCACAAGAAAGUCUCUCCAAACGAGCUCAUCCUGGGCUGGUACGCUACAGGCCACGACAUCACGGAGCACUCGGUGCUGAUCCAUGAGUACUACAGCCGAGAAGCCCCCAACCCCAUUCACCUCACAGUGGACACCAGUCUCCAGAACGGCCGCAUGAGUAUCAAGGCCUAUGUCAGCACUUUAAUGGGUGUUCCUGGGAGGACCAUGGGGGUGAUGUUCACCCCUCUGACAGUGAAAUACACAUAUUACGACACUGAACGCAUUGGAGUUGACCUGAUCAUGAAGACCUGUUUUAGCCCCAACCGGGUGAUCGGCCUCUCCAGUGACUUGCAGCAAGUGGGCGGGGCUUCCGCUCGCAUCCAGGACGCCCUCAGCACAGUGUUGCAGUAUGCGGAGGACGUGCUGUCUGGAAAGGUGUCAGCCGACAAUACUGUGGGCCGCUUCUUGAUGAGUCUGGUUAACCAAGUACCCAAAAUAGUUCCCGAGGACUUCGAGACCAUGCUCAACAGCAACAUUAACGACCUGUUGAUGGUGACCUAUCUGGCCAACCUCACACAGUCACAAAUUGCCCUCAAUGAGAAGCUUGUGAACCUGUGA